AUGUCUACAUCAAACUCCUCGCCAGUCUACUGGCCACCAACAAUACCACACCAGCAGCAGCAAACAUCAUCAUCAGCAUUACCUUACUCGCCACGGCAAUCAUCAUCAUUACCAGCUUACUCACAAUUAUCACCGGCAUCUCAAGGUUGGAGGGCGAGUUUUAGCUGUAAAAACUCGAAUUGCGCGAUCAUUUUCGCGUGCGCCGGCAUAUUUUUCAUCGUCGCUGGCGUCAUUUUGGUCGCCAUCGGAUUCGCCACAAGGCCCACUAACGUUUUUGAUACUGGAAAUCUAUUUCUAAGAGUAACGGGCUUUGCUAUGAUUGGCUGCGGACUACUUCCGCUUUCUCUAUCAGGAUUAUUCUGGACUUUUUAUCACACGUACAAAAAGACUGGACAUCUGCCUGGGCAGUAUAAGAAUCACAAAACCAAUGAUGUGCCUGAUUUUCCGUUCAUCCUACCUCUGACUUUGGAUAAACCAAUCUGCAACAAUUACGAUGUGUUAAGUCGCCACAACAACAACAACAACAAUAAUAAUAAUAAUAAUAAUAAUAAUAAUUAUGACGGCGAUGAAGAAGACGAGGACGAUGAUGAUGAAGUGUUGGUUCUCAGUAGCGUUACCAAAAAUCAAAUAUACAAACCGAUAGACAACAACGACAACAACAAAAACAGCAACAACAACAACAGCAACAACAACAACAGCAAUAAUAAUAAUAAUAGAAAUAAUAAUAACAGUUAUAAUGCUGUUACUACAGCUGCCGCAACUAACAACAUCUUCGCAUCUCCAUCCCCAGCAAGUAACUCAACCAACAACACAUUGCUAUCAAGCAAUAAAAAUCCUAACACAACACUAAUCAACAAACUACAAAGCAAAAGACUCAGUUUAAGCAGCUUAUUCAGCCAUGACAGUCUAAAAAUACCCUUCCCGCAAACGCAAGCUCCUAAUUGGCCGCAGCUGCUACUAGCUAGGCAUCAGCAACGACAGCUGUUGCAUGAGCCACCCACGCGUCAUUCAAUGUUUGAAAAAUCCAUGCUUGACCAGUACAUCGAGCAGCAGGAAUACCACCAGCAGAUGACAAUUCAGCAACAGCAGCUGAAAUCGCAGGUGAAACAGCAGCUAAAAUUAGCUAAGCUGCAGCGGCGUGAAGAGUCGUUGCAGCGACUACAGCUGCGUCAGUAUGAACUUGAGAGACUGCAGAGGUUUGAUGGGGAAAGAAGGCCAUCAAUUUUGAAAAAUUUGACAGUAGAUGACGUCGAUGAAAGUGAUACUGGUGAACGUGGUAGCGGUAGUAGUGGUGGUGGGGAGAUUUUGAGGAUUCAUUCUGUCGAUCGGUACUAUCGUGCAGCCAACAAACUGCAAACUUCUCAGAAAACAACUACAAACAACAACAACAAUAUAAGCAAACGCAACAGCACCAGUAGUAGCAAUAGCCAUUACAACGACAACGUAAACAUCACCAACAAACACAACAUGAACAACAAAAACGUAACCAACAAGAACAACAACAAAAACAACAACAAUAAUAAUAGUAAUAAAGCAAGUGAAGUAAAAAAUGCCAACUCUACAAAAACUAAAAUAGCAGCAGCAGCAGCAAGCACAACUACUGAAGCUGCUGCUACUGCCACAGUUAACAAAUACAAAAUUAUUGACAUACAAGAAGAUGACGACGACGACGACGAUGAAGAAGAAGACGAAGACGAAGAAGAUGAUGACGACGGUGAUGUCGAAGACGAUUUUUCUGAUAUUCAAAAAUCAGAGCUAAAAAUUAAAAAGAAAUUCACGCACACGCAACGUGACCGUCAGAAACAGUACCAGAGGUCUCCCCAAAGGAAAGUAUCAUUUCACGAUGACGUCCAGACAGUCAUACUUACUAAUAACUUGGACCCCAUUAAGAAAAAUCAAAAUAGGCAUACGGUUGGAAGCGGCUGUAAUAACCUUAAGAGAACCGAAAGCGUGAAACCGCUCGGUCGUCAUUCAACUCUGGAUUGA